UAUAAAUUAUUAAUAAGAAAACUAAACUUCUUUGUUUGACCAUUUCGACAAGAGAAUUAAUUCCGAUAAUAUUUAACCGCAGUGCUAUCAGCAUUCUCUCAUACUGUACACAAACUGUGGAGCGGCAUGCGCUUCAGAAGAAGUUUACCGCUGAUGGUCAGUUUCAUUGAGUUAAUCAAUGGCUGCAUUCAGUUUAAAUUCUCCCGUGAGGUGUCUUUCUUAGACAAUUCUCAAGUGAUUGGAACUUAUCCAGGAUUAUCCAAGCAAAGGCUUUUUGGCGUGUGUGCUCCAAGAUGUAACAAUGACAUUCAAUGUAACGCUAUUGACAUCUGCUUUGAAAAUUUGAAGUGUAAAUUAAUCAGUAAUUGGACACCACUGACGCCAGGAAACAUCUCUGAAGUAGUGUGUAAACGAUUCCAAAUGCAAGGUUGUGCAGAUGGAUAUUUUUUUGACAGAAAAGAUAAUAUUUGCAUCGCUCAAUAUUAUUGCAACUUUGAGAGUGACCCAGAGUUGACAUGUUUUCUUUCCGAAAGUCUUUCUGACGAAUUUAACUGGACCAUUCAUGCGAAUUCUACACCAUCCCUCAAGACAGGUCCUACCUCUGCUGUUAAUGGAUCAUACUACAAAUACAUUGAAACAUCAAGAGGAGAAGGUUAUCCUACUUUCAUAUCUGGUCAAAGGGCAAUUCUGGAAAGUUUCAUCAAAUUUUCAGAUAUAACCUACUGCUUUACGAUGUACUACCACAUGUACGGAGGCUACAUAAACACUCUCACCAUCAGAACUCAGAAAGGGAACAACACCGCCAUAGACCGCUGGAAAUUGUCUGGUAACCAAGGUGAUGCCUGGCAUCAUUUGUCUGGGGUCAACCUUCCGUUGGACUCCCAAUCAAAAAUCAUCAUUGAAGCAACAAAGGGGGCUAACUACGAGGGGGACAUUGCAAUCGAUUCCAUUGAGUUGAUGCCGUUUGCAUGUCCCUAGAAAGAGUAAAAGAGUGACCAGACUUAUCUCAUAUGCGCUUUUGAUUUAUUUUACCAAUUUUUAUUAAUUGAUUUGUAUAAUAA